AUGGAGAAACCUUUGAAAUGCAAAGAAUGUGGGGACAACUUCAGUCAAACUGCAAGCCUUAGAAGACAUGAAAGAAUCCACACAGGGAAGAAACCACAUACAUGUGAAGUAUGUGGAAAGAGUUUCAAUACAAGAUCAAUCCUUAAACAUCAUCACAGGUUCCAUACAGGGGAGAAACCCUAUAAAUGUGAAGAAUGUGGAAAAAGUUUCAACUGCAAAUCAAACCUUAAUAGACAUCAAAGGUGCCACACAUGGGAGAAACCCUAUAAAUGUGAAGAGUGUGGACAAGGUUUCAACAGCAAAUCAAAUCUUAAGCAACAUCACAGGUGCCAUAAAGGGGAGAAACCCUAUAAAUAUGAACAGUGCGGCAAAAGCUUCAACCACAAAUCACACCUUAGACAGCAUCAAAUGUGUCACACAGGGGAGAAACCCUAUAAAUGUGAAGAGUGUGGAGAAGGCUUCAAUCGGAGCUCAUCCCUUAAGAGCCAUCAACAAAAACACUCUGGGAAGAAACCCUUUUUGUGCAAAGAAUGUGGAAAGACCUUCAGUGAGAAACCCUUUUUGUGCAAAGAAUGUGGAAAGACCUUCAGUAAGAGCUCACACCUUAAGACACAUCAACGAAUUCUCACAGCAAACCUUAUGGUACAUCUUGGUGUCCGUACAGGGGAAAUGUCUCAUAAAUCUCAAACUGUAGGGGUUGUUUGGGGGAUGAAUCAAGCCCCCAUGAACUUGAGAAUUCACACAGGAGAGACAUCCCAUAUGUGGAAUGUGUCCAGGGUAUCAGUUCCUUGGGAUUCUCUUGUUUCUCCUUCUGACAAAGAGUCGAUGAACAGAGACGAUGGGGAGGAAAAGAAGGCAGAAGAACAAGGACAGGAGGGGCCACGAGAGUCAUCGGUGUCGGGAGUACGAGAGAACCUUUCUCCAAGUGAGGGUCUGGAAGCUGCCUUAGCAAGUUUGGGAAGAGCAGAAGGGGGAAAAUCCAGCCAAACCUCAGAGCCUGUGAAAAGUGACCCUCUGAGCAAAAAAUCGAUGAAACAUCCAAGGCUUGAUGCCAGCGGAAAGACACAUAAACGUUUGGUGUGUGGAAAGAGUUUCAGAUGGGAUUCAGCCCUUAAAAUACAUCAGCAAAUUCACUUAGGGGGGAAACUGCAUAAUUGUACAGAAUGUGGAAAGAGGUUCACUCAAAAAUUAAACCUUAUCAUACAUAAACUGUACCAUAGAAUGGAGAAACCCUUUAAAUGCAAAGAAUGUGGGAAAAGCUUCAGUCAGAAAGUAUACCUUACCAGACAUCAACGAAUUCACACAGGAGAGAAGCCCUACAUGUGUAAGGAAUGCGGGGACAGCUUCAGUUGGAAUGCACACCUUAGAAGACAUAAACGAAUUCACACAGGCGAGAAGCCCUAUAAAUGUGAACAGUGUGGAAAGAGUUUCAGUCUAAGUUCAACCCUUAAGCAACAUCGUAGGUGCCAUACAGGGGAGAAACCCUAUAAAUGUGAACAGUGUGGAAAGAGUUUCAGUCAAAGUUCAACCCUUAAUCGACAUCGCAUGUGCCAUACAGGGGAGAAACCCUAUAAAUGUGAACAAUGCGAAAAAAGCUUCAACCGUAAAUCACACCUUAAUCGACAUCGCAAGUGCCAUACAGGGGAGAAACCCUAUAAAUGUGAACAAUGUGGAAAGAGUUUCAGUGAAAGAUCAACCCUUAAAGAACAUCGCAGGUGCCAUACAGGGGAGAAACCCUAUAAAUGUGAACAAUGUGGAAAAAGUUUCAACAACAAAUCAAACUUUAAUCGACAUCGCAUGUGCCAUACAGGGGAGAAACCCUAUAAAUGUGAACAAUGUGGAAAGAGUUUCAGUGAAAGAUCAACCCUUAAAGAACAUCGCAGGUGCCAUACAGGGGAGAAACCCUAUAAAUGUGAACAAUGUGGAAAGUGUUUCAGUCAAAGAUCAACCCUUAAGAAACAUCGCAUGUGCCAUACAGGGGAGAAACCCUAUAAAUGUGAAGAGUGUGGAAAAGGCUUCAAUCAGAGGUCACUCCUUAAGAGUCAUCAACAAAAUCACUCAGGGAAGAAACCCAUUCAAUGCAAAGAAUGUGGAAAGGGCAUCAUUCAAAGCAACAAUCUUAAUGUGCACAAAAGAAUCCAUACUGGAGAGAAACCUUUUCAAUGGUCUUCGUGCACAAAAGCAUUCCGUCACAAGUCCCAACUUAUUAACUAUCAGAGCAUUCAUAAACAGGAGACUCUCUAG